AUCAAUUAUUAGCUGUUGGUAGUUCGUUCUUCCGGUUCGUUCCCGUGCUUCGCAAACUUUUCCUUCUGCAGAAUCUCUUCUUCUUCUUCUUCAAUUUCUCAGCUCGAUCUCAUCUCAAUACGCUGCGUUUAGUGUUCCCAUUUUGAAACCACGCGCGUGCUUUUUUCGCCACGAGUUGGUCCGCUUCGUUGUUAUAUAAACACGCAAUUCGUAUUUCGCGAGUUUUCGAUCUGCGCCGUGGGGAGUAUUCGCGGCGAGGUUGAGUGGUGAUCGGAGGGGGAAUAGCUCCGGCGGUCGCAGGCGAUGGCGGAGGCGGUGGUGGUUGGUGAAGGCGGAGGAAGGGGAGGUGGAACGGGGGAGGGAGGUCGAUGAUUUUGGCAGGAGGAGAAUGCUGUAUUUGAAGCAACCUAGGGUUUUUGACAGCAUGGAGUUGUGCGUUUUGGUGCAUUCGUGUUGUGGUGCCUCGUGUUAGGUGGUGGUGAUCGUGGUGUGCGAGAAGCGUUGGGUGAUUUUAGUGGCUACUCUUUGCAUGCGAUUUUGAUGGUUUCCCUCUGAGCCUGAGGCUCGGGGGAUCUGAAUAACUGGGUGAAGGAGAAGCCAUGGCGUCGUCGGAGAAUGAACCUUCUUCUCACUCUCCUCCUCCUGCACAUGCGUGUAUGCACAAGUUCAGGCUCUAUCAGACUCUUUCGAAAUUUUACAUGAUAGGAAGGGACAAGAGCAGGACUCAUUGGAGAGUGUUAAAGAUUGAGCGACUAGAUCCCUCCGAGCUGAAUGUGCUUGAAGAUUCCACCACAUACACAGAAAGGGAAUGUUCUGACCUGUUGAGGCGUAUACACGAGGGAAACAGGUCCACAGGUGGACUGAAAUUUCUUACAACUUGUUAUGGAAUUGUUGGGUUCAUAAAAUUUUUGGGGCCUUACUACAUGCUGCUUAUCACAAAAAGAAGGAAAAUUGGUGCAAUCUGUGGUCAUACAGUAUAUGGUGUCUCAAAGUGUGAGAUGGUUCCACUGCAAAAUUCUUCUGUCCAUUCUAACAUCAUCGAUUCUAAAAAUGAAAACAGAUACAAGAGGCUCCUAUGCAUGGUCGACCUUACAAAGGAUUUCUUUUUCAGCUACUCAUACCAUAUUAUGCGCAGUCUUCAAAAGAAUUUGUGUGAUAGUGAAACUGGCCAUGUCCUUUAUGAGACCAUGUUUGUCUGGAAUGAGUUUUUGACUCGAGGAAUUAGGAAUCACCUGCAGAGUACUAUUUGGACAGUUGCACUGGUGUACGGCUUUUUCAAACAGGAAACACUUUCAAUAUCUGGGCGGGAGUUUAUACUUACACUCAUUGCAAGACGGUCUCGCCAUUUUGCUGGCACUAGGUAUCUGAGACGAGGUGUAAAUGAGAAGGGUAGAGUAGCUAAUGAUGUCGAGACAGAACAAAUUGUAUUUGAGGAUGUUCCCGAAGGUCUUCCAGUCCAAAUAUGCUCUGUUGUCCAGAAUCGGGGUUCAAUCCCUCUUUUCUGGUCACAGGAAACUUCACGUCUAAAUCUUAAGCCCGAUAUUAUAUUGUCAAAGAAAGAUCAGAACUAUCAAGCCACUAGACUUCACUUUGAAAAUCUUGCCAAAAGAUAUGGGAAUCCAAUAAUAAUCUUGAAUUUGAUAAAGUCAUAUGAGAGGAAGCCUCGAGAGUCCAUACUUCGUUCUGAGUUUGGUAAUGCUAUUGAUUUCAUUAACAAAGAUUCAUCAGAGGAGAGCAGGCUGAGGUUUCUUCAUUGGGAUCUAAAACAUUUUCAGAGCAAAGCUACAAAUGUUCUGCUACUUCUGGGAAAGGUUGCUGCAUAUGCUUUGACAUUAACAGGUUUUUUAUAUUGCCAAGUGUCGCCAUCUCCUAGAUCUGAAGACUCUAUAAAAUGGCCAUCUAUUAAUUUUGCUUACGGCAAUAUUGAUAAGGGAAGCUUUCAACCCACAAGACAUGUUGAUCCUGAGAAUGAAGAUGCUAAUAAUUUAGAGAGGAAACCUAGUGGAGAAAACAACCUUGCUAAUGGAGACCAUUUUGUCAAGCCGCCCAUGUUCCAGAGGGGGGUUCUCAGAACCAAUUGUAUAGACUGCUUAGAUCGCACAAAUGUUGCACAAUAUGCAUAUGGAUUGGCUGCUCUCGGCCACCAGCUUCAUGCUCUGGGGAUUAUUGAACACCUGAAAAUUGACCUCGAUGAUCCUCUUAGUGAUGAUUUGAUGGGAUUUUAUGAGCGGAUGGGUGACACACUUGCACACCAGUAUGGUGGUUCUGCUGCACACAACAAGAUAUUCUCCGAGAGGAGGGGACAAUGGAAAGCUGCAACACAAUCCCAGGAGUUUUUUAGGACUCUUCAACGCUAUUACAGCAAUGCUUAUAUGGAUGCUGAGAAGCAAAAUGCAAUUAACUUAUUCCUGGGGCAUUUUCAGCCACAACUGGGUAAGCCUGCUCUAUGGGAUUUGGGCUCAGAUCAGCAUUAUGGUAUAGGGAGACAUGGAGAUGAUGAUGCAAGGUCAUUUGUGAAAAGAUGUUUCUCAGAUGGAAGUAUCAUUCAUGACAAUUCUACACCUAUGUCAGCCCCAAAUCCAAACCUUGAAAAUUUCUCAAAGCUAGGUUUGCAGGACCAAUCAGAGGAAGGAAGCAAGGCCUUUUGUGACUCAUCGCCUGUAUCCACUUCCGAGAGUGAAAUGUCAUAUUCAAGGUACACUCCCUCAAUACCUCAGAGACAACUUUUGGGAGACGCACAAAGAGAGCGCUUCCUAGAUAGUGACCAUAAUUCCUUUUCUGCACAUGGGGAUUCAUUCAGCUGUUCCAACUUUGUUGACCUGGAUUGGCUGUCUUCUUCCGGAAAUUCAUUUGAAGAAGAUCCAUUCGAGAGGUUAUCAAUUACCAACUCUUCGAUUGCUGGGCUUUCUUCAGAAAAUGUUAUUAAUGGAGUUAUUAUGGGAGGAGAUACUCCCUCCACAAGUGAUUUGGACUCAAGCAUCAAGGGAAGAGAGGGAACUGUGUCAGAGUUAUCCUACCGUGAUGCCGGGUCCAAAGUUCUAGAGGAAUUUCCUGAUACUUUUGUACACUGGGUUACUCAUGGACAGACACUUUGCAAUUGAAUUUUCACAUAAUUAUCCUUUGCAUUUAUAAAAAAUGUAAAUUUAUUUAAUUGACUUGGCUUGCCCGAAAGAUGCGAGUCGAAGAACUGAUUAGAGUGAGCUAAGCUUGUGAUUCAGAGACGGCAGGAAAAGAAAUAAACAUGCUAUUAAAGUAGGCUUCUCUGUAAGAGCGUUGAUCGCAGAAAAAAUCCUACGGGCUUUCUUGAACUUGCAGCAUUAAUUCUGUCGUGAAAAUCUCCAUCAAAUCUUGAGGUAUAGUAGGACAGAGUAAAUAGCAAACUGUUGUAAAAUUGUUUUUUUUUUUUUUGGUCACCGUUGGAGCUCAUUGUCUUUUUCUUUCAUCAGUUAAUGACCGACCAUAUUAGGUGCAUUUCUUGUAAAUAUUGUUACCCUGUUUGUAUGAGCUCCACUUCUAGAAUUGCAAAUAAUUAAUUCUUUUAAAUAUGAAAUUCUCUCCCGCUAUCAAACUAGCGGUGAUUUAAGUUCAUGUUAUGGGGCAACACUAAAGAUCCAGAGCGAUAAAUUCCCUGGACCUGCA